AUGGUCGACAAGGAAGGUAGAACACCUCCGCUGUUUGCCAAAUACCACAAUGGGGGUACUGUCGAGUAUCUUCUUGAUCAUGGUGCUAAUCCAGACAAAGCAAAUAACGACGGGGCUUUCCUGUUACAUUAUGCCGCUGAAUUAGGCAUUUGUGAAAUGAUAGAGCUUUUGCUUGCAAAAGGAGCUUAUGUUGACCCAGUAUCUGCUCGUGGAACACCACUUCAUGUUGCUGCUGCUGAACGGCAUUAUGAUGCUAUGAAGAUUUUAUUGGACCACAAUGCAGAUUACAACAAGAUGGUAAAUGGUGUGACACCUCUUAUGGCUGCUACAGAUGCCAACUCAACGGAAUGUAUCAAGCUCCUAGUUAAGGUUCAGGAGGAGCCUAUGCUUAAACGGGAAAUCGCGGCAUCAGAGCUUAUAUCACUAGGGAGUAUCUCUUUAAAGAAAAAAGAUUAUGUUGUCGCAGCAAAAUUGUACAGUCAGGCAAUGCAGCUUGAUCCUGAUGAUGCAGUCUUGUUCUCAGACAGGAGCCUUUGUUGGCUUAACAUGGGGAAUGGAAGAAAGGCUUUGCUAGAUGCUAAUAAAUGCAGAAAAAUGCGGCCUCACUGGCCAAAAGCUUGUCAACGGCAGGGUGAAGCUCUGAUGCUACUGAAGGACUAUGAGGAUGCAAGUGAACGGCUCUUGGAUGGACUCAAAUUGGACCCAGUGGACAGUGAUAUCGAGGAUGCAUUACGUCUUGCCAUACACCAACCUACCCUGACGUAUAGUAACUCCGUAAUCUGCCCUUGA